AUAUAAACCUUCACAUUUACAGAAUUAAAUUUUAAACCCUUUAAUAAUCCGAUAACACGAAUCUACCAACUAACUUUCUAAAAAUGCACAAACCCAAAACUACCCUGGAACAUUUUUUAGUUAGGAUUGGCCUCCUUCAAACACAAUGGUAACCAAAUUCUCAAUUUAGAGGAGCUACAAGGUCUCAAAGUUGAGUGCGAGGACAAAAAAAAACUACAGGGAGGGGGCGCUCCCAGCCUGUUUAGGGAUAAAACACAAUGGUAACAAAAUUCUCAAUUUAGAGGAGCUACAAGGUCCCAAAGUUGUACCAUAAGCUGUAUGCAUUCCAUUGAGUAUAUGAUCCAAAAAAUCCAACUCAAAGAACACUCUAAAAUUCUCCAGCAAUUUUCGAACAAUCUUACGUUGUUUGUUGGUUGGUUAGGAAUACUUUUCUGUGGGCUCGGUGCGGUUGGAUUAGUGGCAAAUAUCGCCUCAAUCUUCACCCUCCUCUCACCGGAAAUGAGGAAGCAUACGUUCAACCAGCUUCUCGCUGCGCUCGCGUUCUACGAUAUCAUGUACAUAAUGUUCAAUGUACCUGUACACGCAAUGGCAACUAUGGAGACUGUGGAAAACUGGUUUACCAACUCAUCCUUCCUCUCAUUGAUUUAUGUAUACUUGCUGUACCCGAUGUCAGCUGUAGCAUUCUGUGCUUCUACCUACAUGACACUGGCUGUAACAAUAGAACGAUAUAUUGCUGUUUGCAGACCACAUCAAUACAGAACAAUCUCACAGACAAUGACCAACACAAGAAGAAUACUCGUCUAUAUUAUCCCAGUAACAGCAUUAUCAUUCGCCCUCAACAUUCCUAAAUUUAUGGAAGUUACAAUUACAGAGACCAACGGGACUAAUGCUGUAGAUCCUAGUCAGACAAGGAAGGAUCCGACCUUCAUAUUCUGGUAUACACUAUCUCUAGCUUGGCAUCCUACCCUCACCACGGGGAUCCUACCCUUCAUCGCGCUCCUAUACAUGAACAUGCACAUCUUCAUCGGGAUCAGGAAGAGCAGACAGAUCCUAUCUGGGAGGAGAAACCACAAGAGAGCAAGUGAAUCUAAUCUAGCGAUAACUCUCAUAUCAAUCGUCUUCAUGCAUCUUCUCUGCAACGCGCUUAGGGUUUUCCUGGGUGUCAUGAUUGUUCUGCUAGUUGAUGUUCAGGUCUCCUGCAUGAGGGAUUAUCAGCAGUAUAUUCCUCCUCUCUGGAUUAUGUGUUUAGAGAGUGUAGCACAUCUUCUUGUAAUGUUGAACUUCUCUUCAAACUUCCUGGUGUACUGCUCUGUAUCCUCACAGUUCAAGACAGCGUUGACCUCUGCUUGCCCACUGCCUGACUGGUUGAAGGUUCUCUGCAAAGCAAGGCCUGAGAUCGCAGAAAAUGGACAAGGAGGAGAAAUACCAUUAAAUAAUCAGGUUGAGAUGACAACAAGGAAGGCAGAGGGAGGAGAAGAAGUAGAAACUAACCCUGAUGAGAUAAAUGUUUGUCAGGUAUAAUUCUCCCACUGAUUCUUAAACAACGAAGAAUUUAAAGAGCCGGCUAUCUGCAGAAUUUGAAGUAAAAUGUGCUUGAUGAAUUCGUGGACUAUAUGUACUGAAUAAGUGUGCUAUUAUAUGUACUGAAUCAAUGUUCUAUAUGUACUGAAUCAUUAACCAUGUUCUCGAUCUGUAAACUAUAUGUACUGGAUCAUCAAAAAUAUGUAAUAAAUAUAAGUGUGCUAUAUGAUCUGGACCAGUGCAUUACCUGUACUGGGUCUGUGUAAUACCUGUACUGGAUCAGUGUCCUAUAUGUACUGGAUCGGUGUACUGUAUGUACUGGAUCAGUGUACUACCUGCACUGGAUCGGUGUACUAUAUGUACUGGAUCAGUGUACUACCUGUACUGGAUCAGUGUACUAUAUUUACUGGAUAUUUCACUUUUUGUACUGGAUCAUUGAAUGAUACGUACUCUGUUAAUGUAAAACAACAAACAUGUUCCAUACAUGUUCCAAACAUGUUCCGAUAUUGUGUAAACAAGAUCAUAGUGUAGUGUUCUUUAAACUCUGUAUCAGAGAUACAACACCACAAAUCUAAGAAUUAUGUCGAAAAGCAUUAAAAAAGGUUUGGGAGAAUUUUUUUAGUUAUUUUAUGAUGAUAUUUUUAAA